UAAGAGAGAGGGAGUGAGAGAGCGAAGUACCAGUAUCGUCAUUCCCAAGGGGAAAGACUCCCUCGACUUGGUGACAGUACAGAAUUAAAGACAGAAAGAAAGAAAGAGGAUCAUUAGCUACAAAAUAAGAAAGGAAGAGAGAAAGAAAGAAAAAGAAAGGAGGAGAUAAAGACAGGAGAUAGACAGAAUGGCAGUGGGUUGUGUGAGGGUGGCUCUGGCUGUGUUGCUGCAGCUCUCUGUUUGGCUCCCGGUCGCUCUGCAGUGCUCUGUCUCAGAGAUUCAGACAGGUCAGGUGAUUCGGCUCCUCAAUAUAAUGGUCCAAUCAGAGAACAGCAGUACUGCCAGUGGCUCCACCCCCAAUCCCAGCAUCCUCCUGGCUCUGCGUCUGGCCAGCCAUCAUGACAGUGACACAGAGAGAGGCAUGCUGGCUAGACUGCAGGUUGAUGCAGUGAAGAGAGUCCAAGAAGGCCUCCCCUUCUCCUCAGGCACCGUGGCUCUCUACUGUCUGGCUAUGCAGGCCUCCUGUGCGGACCCGUCUCUAACUCCAGCCCCAGGACUUAAAGGGGGAAAGAAGGCCAUGGACCUCAGAAAACUGCUGGAAAAAAAAACUGAAGGAAAUUCCAAGAACGUUCCCCUCACCAACUAUUAUCAGGUGAGCCUUGACAUACUGGCGCUGUGCAUGAUGGGAAAACCAGUGACAUCACACAGCGUGCAGAGUCUGAUUGAAGCUUCGGAUAACGGAGGAUUUUCAUAUGGAGAGAAAUAUUCAGUGGACACAGCCUCGGUUGCAGUUCUGGCUCUGACCUGCGUGAAGCGCUCUAUCAAGGCCCCUGAUCGUAUGGUUCUGCGUCUGAAGAUACUGAAUGCUCUAAAAUGUCUGAUCAAGAACAUUCUCCAGGAGACAACGAGCGACGGAUUGAUCGGGAACCUUUACAGCACAGGACUGGCCAUGCAGGCCCUGUCAGUCACCUCCACCAACUACGACUGUUCCAGAACUAUCCAGACACUUCUAGAGCGGGCUGGUUCCGGAUCCUUCGAGAACCCCAUGGCUGCUUCUCAGAUCACCCCCUCACUGGAGAACAGAAACUACCUGGAGCUGAACAAGCUAGACUGCAAGGACUUUGAGAGUAUGCGGGCCACCUCCUGGACAAUGGCAUCCUUGAGGCCCGGAAUUGUGCGAGGGUUCCCUCAGUACACUCGUGACUCCAGGUACCCCCAUAACCAGAAAUCCACUGGUCGCCCCCCCACUGCCCCGGAGGGUGUAAUCACCGUGCACUACAGAGUGGAGGACGGCAUUCACUACUCCUUCAAUGACAGCAUCGAGGUGACGGUCCCUGUGGGGUCCUCGCUACUGCAGGUCAUGGAGGAGGCGGCCAAGAUAUCACCUGCAAAAUUCAGGUUCACUGUGGAGCAAAGCAGCUGGGGUCCAUUUGUCACCAGUAUACAAGUUUUAGCUGGGAACACGGAGGAGCGAACAUACUGGCAAUUUCUCACUGGGAGUAACGCUUUGGAUCAAGGAGUUGGUGAUUAUAAGCCGUACGAUGGGGAUUACAUCGUGGCAAAAUUCUCUACAAAUUAACUCUCAGAUUUCCAUCUCAUAAUUCAUGCAUUGUUGGAGGUUGUGUUUAAUUAUCACUUAUUUUAAUCACAUUAUAAUUCUAUGAUUCAGAGGGGUCUGGUAAAGCAUAGGGAAGCAUUGUAAAGCACAUAGAGGUCUGGUAAAGCAUAGGGAAGCAUUGUAAAGCACAGAGAGGUCUGGUAAAGCAUAGGGAAGCAUUGUAAAGCACAGAGAUGUCUGGUAAAGCAUAGGGAAGCAUUCUAAAGCACAGAGAGGUGUGGUAAAGCAUAGGGAAGCAUUGUAAAGCACAUAGAGGUCUGGGAAAGCAUAGGGAAGCAUUGUAAAGCACAGAGAGGUCUGGUAAAGCAUAGGGAAGCAUUGUAAAGCACAUAGAGGUCUGGGAAAGCAUAGGGAAGCAUUGUAAAGCACAGAGAGGUCUGGUAAAGCAUAGGGAAGCAUUGUAAAGCACAGAGAUGUCUGGUAAAGCAUAGGGAAGCAUUCUAAAGCACAGAGAGGUGUGGUAAAGCAUAGAGAAGCAUUGUAAAGCACAGAGAGGUGUGGUAAAGCAUAGGGAAGCAUUGUAAAGCACAGAGAGGUGUGGUAAAGCAUAGGGAAGCAUUGUAAAGCACAGAGAGGUGUGGUAAAGCAUAGGGAAGCAU